UAUUCAUCUGAAGUAACAGUAGGGAUUUUGCCCUCGAAGAACGGUACUUUCCACAGGCUGGCCUCAGCAUAUUAGGACUUUGCUGGACACGAAAGCUUCAUUUGAGCAGUUUAACCUUUGUUGGUAUUUGCAAUCGCCAUUUCAGAGGGAGUAAAUAAACAAUUAACCGUUAAAGAACAACGGGUUUGCAGAGAUUUGAUCCACUGACUUUUGGCUUUUGAAGCACAUGCUUUACCAAGUAGCUAACUGCGUAGUUUGAAGGUAAAAUGUACACUGGAAAAUUUGUGCGUCGAUCACCAAGUUCGUCCGUCAAGAGAUACGUGAACCCAAAUAUCUGGUACGUUUAAAAUUUAGUCAUGUUAUUUGAGUAAACUCGAGUAAUUUCAAAGCAACACGAUUAAAUAUCGUUUCACGAAACGUUUGAAAGUCAGUAAAAUUUCCUUGCCACGUAUCUCCCUGUCAAAAACAGUUUGGAUAUCAAAAGCAUCGAGUUGUGUGUGCCUUUCGGAAGGUAAACAACGACUGCUACUCGCCAGAAUGAGUUCAACUCCAAACUUAAAUCUAGAUAACCUUAAGACAUUUGUUGAGGUAUGUGUACAAAUUGUCUGCCUCGCGUUGCCUCCUGGCAAUCUAGCUGAUGGUUCUCUGAUACGGACUGGUGAAAGUCAGAGUUUUUCUACUACGUGUCUUAUCACUACAUAAUGUCUUUUUACUUUUGAAAUUUCCUUCAAAAUGAGUCAUUCAAUCAUUUUGCGAACAGUUAAACAUAGGAUAAAGGAGAAUGUAUAACGUACCAACUGGAGAAGAAAAUAUAUCAAAAAUAAAACAACGCAUCGCAAAAAAAAACCUUGAGUUAUUUUUGGAAUAUUUCAUUUUAUUCUGUAUUGAUCCAUCACUUUUAGUUUUUAUUCUUUUGUCAAGGAAAAAUGGGUUCGGUUUUUCAUGUUUUUUUCAGUUUUUAGGAUCAACUAGCAUCACCUUAAAUUUAAAGAAACGAAGAGGAAAAGACAUGAGAAAGAUGACCAAGAAACCGAAAUGCUGUUGGAUUCCCAAAAGAAGAGAAAGGAAGAGGCAAAGUCAACGUGAAAAAAGAGAACCAGAGGCGCGAUUAAUUCGUGAAAAAGGAGAACAGGAAACCGAUUGCGAGGAUCCAUGACGGGCUAUCGUUCAUGGUUUUUGGAACAGUUUGCCAACGGCCUUGAGACUUGCUUUCGCAAUCUGGGAAAUACGCUGAAACUAGGAAGAAAUGGCGUUUGCGCUAUUUCCUGCAGAUAACAUCAGAUAAAUGGAUUCUUAAAUUACUACUGCAACUGACCUCUUUUUUUGAACGAAUGUCUUUUCAAAACACCAUAAAGGCAUUUAAACCAGUUUAUACAGUACUUUACUCGGCAUUUCAUUCUAAGCCUCUGUGCGAAGACGAAAGGAUGGGACAUCAAUUCUCCGGGACAAUGCGAUCAUUUCUUCUUAUUUUGACGCUGUCUACGUGCUGUCUCAUGGCUGCUCCACCUGAUCUUCAAGCAAGAAUUGAACAACUUGAGAAAAACUAUGUCGAAAUUAAAGAACAUUUGCAAGCCAAAAUUAUUGAUUUGGAGAUGAAAGUCGGUCGACUGGAAGCCAAAAUUGAAAUACAAGAUUCACUUUUGGCUGUUCUAGAAAAAGGACAUGACCCUUUGAAAGAGAAUGUCGAAAUCCGUCGUCAGAUCGCAACUCAUCGUACUUGCCAUGAAAUCGUCGCCGCCAAUCCGUCGUCCCCAUCCGGUAUGUACUGGAUUGAUCCAGACGGCCAUGGCAUCGGUGAUCCACCAAUCCACGUUCAUUGUGACAUAAAGGCAGCCGAGGCGAAUGGUGGUAACUGGAAGUUUGAUCCUGUCAAAGGCACAACAUCCAUUUUGCAUGACAGCCAGUCGAAAAUGGGCAUUGGAAAUUGCACAGAACCUGGAUGUUACUCGAGGCUAAUCAAUUAUUAUGCAAGCGAUAGACAAAUCGACGCGUUGAGGCAAUUGUCCGAAAACUGCGCACAAAUCAUCGUGCUCCAUUGCAGGAAUUUGCCGUUCAACUACAAUGGGACCGCCUAUUCUUGGUAUUACUACAAAAACGGCAAAAGGGAAACGUUUCACCGGAACAACUGCCACGAACUCGUUGACAAAAACCAUUCUGAGAAGUUUUCGAUACACGGUCGUGGUCUUCAACCUGUUAUGCGCCUCCAUUAUAGCAAUCCGCUUAAUGGCUCCUUCCAGUACCAAGUGACGCCGUUCCGAUGUCAUGGAAAGGCAAAAACGGAGGCGAAAACGGAGGCGAAAACGGAGGCAGAAACAGAGGCAAUGCCGAGAUCGUGCGAAGAUUUGCGGCGGAUGGGGCACACUCUCAACGGGAUCUACUCAGUCAGGGGAGACAAACAAAUAGAAACGGUUUUCUGCCAAUUUGAUAAACUACCUAAUGAACCAGGUUUCCAGAAGAAGAUUGGAUAUCAAGACAUAAAAACAAGGCCAAUAUACUUCUACGUACAGAAAGACAAACAUUUUUCGCAAAGUGACGUUCCACUUCCGUUUGAGCGUAGCUUAGUCAACAUUGGAGGAGCCAUGGAUUUGCCAAGCGGCGUAUUCACAGCACCCGUCAACGGAACUUACUUCUUUUCUUUUACUGGACUCGCGCAAUUUCCUAUGGUUCCAGUUCCAGUGCUAAGGGAACUAGGCGCGAACCUUUAUAAAAAUGGUGAAAGAAUAGCAAUCAGUCAAGUUAACAAAGGCCAGCUAUAUCCGGAUAAUCUAAAUCCAAUCACCGUUCAAAGUAUUGUACGUUUGCAAGCCGGAGACAAAGUAUGGAUCCAGAUAAGUAUUGGGAUCAAUGGGGGAUUUCUAUACGACGACAGGCAUGCGGAAGUGAACCCGGGUGCACACACGAAUUUUAAUGGGUGGCUUUUGGAAGAAGAAAUUUAAGCAACGCAAACGUUUUCCACAACCCAGUGUGCCAGCAAAUACUACGACCACAAACAAAAGGCACCAACGAACAUGAAAAGUCCUUCAAAUCCCAUUAUCAAUGUACGUUCAUGUCUCUGUAGGGACAUUGUAGUCUUGCAAACAGCAAUUACCUGGCUGUUUUACCAACUGCACAUGUGUGAAUUUCAUUCUAUAUGAUUGAUGAACAUGUUUUUGCCAUCCCUGUUUAUUUUCAGGAUUGAUUUGCGUGAUGGAAACUGAGCAUGAUGAAAUAAUGUUUCUUUUUAUUUUUACUUUAUAUUUCCUAGUU